UUGCGCUUCAGUUGCGUGGCUUUGCAUACUGCUGCACGUGUUUACAACUAAAUGGGAAGCGUAACUGAUUGUUUCGUCAACUUUCGGGAUUUAGCACUCAACUAAAAUGGGAAAAACUCCAAAGAAAGACAAGGAACGUAAAGAAAGAGUGGAAUCAGUUGAAGAAGAUGAACCACAGGAGCUGACAUACGAAGAGUUGGUGGAAAGAAUUGCGCCUAUAGCGAAUCCUCUAGCUCCAAAGAAACUGACAAAAAAACUCUACAAAACCAUCAAGAAAGCUUCAAAAGUGAAAAUGCUGCGAAGGGGAGUAAAGGAGGUGCAGAAGUUUCUCAGAAAAGGAGAAACAGGGUUUGUAGUGUUUGCUGGAGAUGUCACCCCAAUUGAAGUCAUGUGCCACCUGCCUGUAGUCUGUGAAGACAGGAAUAUUCCUUACGCGUACGUCCCAGCGAAGAAGGAUCUUGGAGCAGCUAUGGGAGCUAAAAGAUCAACUUGUUGCGUCUUGGUCAAAUCACAUGAAGAUUACGCAGAUGUCUUUGAGGAAUGUCAACAGCUUGUUAAACAACUACCACCACCAAUCUAAAUGAUUAGUAAGGGAUUAGUAACUUUUUUAACCUUGUACCGACAAAUUUUGAUAUUUUCUCCAGAUAAAAAAAAGUUUUUUGAUUUAGAGCUCUAGUACUAAGGACUAUGGUCCUAGAACCCAGGGGUUAUCAAAAGGUUUAACUGUCAUCAUUUUGAUUUCCUUCUAAGGGGGGUCGAUUUCACAGAGUUAGGACUAGUCCUAACUUAGGACUAGUCCUAAGAGAUAUCAAAAUGUACAGCUAGUCCUAAUUUAGGACUCAGAACUCGAGAUAAGACUAGUCCUAACUCUUUGUGAAAUCCACCCUGGGAUCCCAAUUUCAGACUUAUACAUCAGCAGUGAUUCUUACUCGUAAUAUACACCCAAAGUGUCCUAUAUAAUUUUUAGUUUUUAGUAAUUUCCUGUUUUAAUCAUACAAACUCCAUUUAAUUUUAGAGAAAUACUUUUUUGUAUUCAGUUUGUUUCUCGGCACAAUGAUCUGCAAAGCAAUGUUCCAGACCAUGGCCCAAUUUCAUAAAGAUGUACAGCACAAAAUACUGCUUUAGCUUCUUUGUUAAGCGAAAACAUUAGUUGGGUACCAGUUGCAAUAAUGUCAACUUUAUGGAAUGUCGGCUGGUAACAUGUUUCUGCUGAGCAAGACUUUUCUUUGCUAAGCAAGUUUUUGUGCUUACAUGGUCUAUGAAAUUGUGUCCAGAACUCAAUGCGAUACUUUUAAGGGACACGUGGUGGCAGCAGACUUCAAGAAUCGUUGUUUGGAUUUGUUAUCCAAGCUCAGGAAAAGUAAUGUAAAAAAAGUAAUAGAAAACGUAAUGACUGGGCCCAAUUUCAUAGAGCUGCUGAAGCAGAAAAUAUUGCUGAAAAUUUCUGCUGAGCAGAGAUGAGCAGGAUACCAAUCACAAUUCGUACACACGUAACAUGGUAGUUUGGCUGGUAACCUUUUCUGGUAAUCAUAACUUUAGUGCUUUUUUGCAAGCUCUUUGAAAUGGGGGUCCGGUAUGCCUGCUGCCAGCCAGCGUAUCUUUUUCAGUAAAUGUAUUGUUAGUUUUGUUUGAGGUUUUGCUUUGUUUUAGUUUUUUUUCCCUUUUUUUUGAGGGGGUGCUUUUUUUUGUAACAGUUCUCAUUUACUACCAGCUUAGAAGGAGCGUGAUCUAACUUGAAAAUGAUGUUCUGCAUCUGUAGUUUAUCAAAUUCAAUUGCUAAUUUUAAACGUAAAUAUUUGGGUAUUAACAAAUUCUCUUUCCAGGUUCUAACUGUUGGUCACCAUUAAUUACAAAUUUUAAUUGUAACCAUUGUUUUUUUCUUCUUUUUUUUCUGUUUUUUUUUUAAUCUUACUUUUCCCUAAAACUUCAACUAUGUAUUUACUCCAAAGCAUUGAAUAAACACUGUUC